GACCCCGCCAACGAACAUUCCAAAUAUAUAUCGGCCACUUCUUCUUGACUGGGCAAUUCAUCCGGUUCGGUCCACACAUAAGCUCCUGUUUUCUUCUUCCCAAUUGUGCGUUGCCGUCGACCGAUCGAAGAAUGGAGGUGGAGAACCGGUACAUCGCCAUCAGGCACCACGUCGAGGGCUCCCCGUCGGUGGACGACUUCGAGGUGAAGACGGCGGCGGUGCGGUGGACGCCGGAGUCCGGCGAGGUCCUGGUGAAGAACAUGUACCUGUCCAUCGACCCCUACCAGCUCAACCGCAUGAAGCGCCAGAGCGCGUCCCACCACUCCGUCGACGUCAUCCUGCCCGGCGAGAGGAUCGGGUCCACCGGGGUGGGCGAGGUGGUGGCGUCGGCGUGCCCGGAGUACGAGGUGGGCGACGUGGUCGCCGGCGUGCUCGCGUGGGAGGAGUACACGCUCUUCCGGCCGUCCCCCGCGGUGCUCAUGGUCAAGGUCGACGCCUCCUCGGGCUUCCCAUUGUCCUACCAGGUCGGCGUGCUGGGGACGAGCGGGAUGACGGCCUACGGCGGGCUCUUCGAGGUGGGCAAGCCGCAGAAGGGCGAGAAGGUGUUCGUGUCGGCGGCGUCGGGCUCCGUCGGCAGCCUCGUCGGCCAGUUCGCCAAGCUCGCCGGAUGCUACGUCGUCGGCUGCGCCGGCACCCAAGCCAAGGUGGACAUGCUGAAAGACAAGCUGGGGUUCGACGACGCCUUCAACUACAAAGACGAGCCUGACCUCAAAUCCGCACUGAAGAAGUACUUCCCCGACGGGAUCGACAUCUACUUCGAGAACGUCGGCGGCGAGAUGCUGAACGCCGCACUGGCCAACAUGAACACGUACGGCCGGGUGGCCGUCUGCGGGGUCAUCGCCGAGUACACCGACCCAGGGAAGCGCGCGUCACCUGACUUCCUGGAGAUCAUCUACAAGCGCAUCACCCUGAGAGGCUUCUUCGCCUACGAUUUCAUGGCCAAGUUCCACGAGUUCAUGGGGAUCAUCGGCGACUGGAUCCGCGAGGACAAGGUCCAGGCCGUCGAGGACAUAUCUGAGGGGCUGGAGAGCGUCCCCUCGGCGUUCGUCGCGCUGUACCGCGGCCAAAAUGUUGGCAAGACGCUCGUUAAGCUGGCAUAGAAACAAGUUAGGGUACUUCCAGUUGUCUAUGGCAAUUCUGCACUCUGGGGAGUGAGAUGUAAGUUGUUUCGUUGAGCUGAAAGUAUGCAUAAAGGACGUUGCUGAAA